UUUAGUGCUCGACCGACGAUCAGCGCUGACGUCGGUCGAACGUAGCUAUAUCAAUGAAUGCAUAUGAACAACUACAGUGUAUCACUGAUAAAUUGCUACGCGCGUACAGCUACGUCGCGCUGACGAGGACCGUCGGUCGAGCGCGUCCGUCGGGCGUACGUCGGUCGACCGACGAGCUAUUUUUAGCAAUGCAAGAGUUUAGUUCUACGCUGACGACCAACUGACCGUACGCGCGUACACAAUCUUUUUAUUUUAUUUUUAUUAAGGCAAUAAUAAUAAUAAUAACAUUUUAUUUUAUGUAAUUGUGUUGUAAAUUGUUUAUAUUUGUUUAUUAUAUUAAUAUAAUUAUAACAAAAAAUGAACAUCGAUACCGAGCGUGUUAUUUCUGAGGUGCAUCUUCGACCGCCAUUAUGGGACCUAUCUUGUGUAUUGUACAAAGACCGUGAUGCCAAAAUAAAAGCUUGGCGCGAAGUUUGUCAAGCAAUAGUACAAAAUUUCGACCAUGUGUCUGAUAAUGAAAAAAAAGUUAUUGAAAGGAAUGUACAACAGCGGUGGAAGACGGCACGAGACGCUUACGUUAGGUGCAAAGCCACAAUGAAGAACACAAAGUCUGGGUCUGCAGGUAGUAACAAAAAGAAAUAUGUAUACUUUGAUUGUAUGCAAUUUCUAGACAAAAAACAUGUAAUAGAUACUGAGGAUUCAAUUGUAGAAAAUCAGAGCACAAUGGAUGAAUCAAAUAACAAACCGACAACCAAUGAUGACGCUCUACCUUCAACGUCCAAAGACUCCAACUUUUGCCAACCAGAACAAACUACUGCUGCUGAACGGAAAAAUAUGCAAACAAAACGUUUUAAAAAGAGAACUCGUAAUGAAGACGAUAAUUUUGAUAGGGAAAUGUUGAACAUGUUUAAAGAAAAUACAAAAUUAAUGCAAAACGAUGACAUGUCAUUUUUUUGUUCACUUUUGCCGAUUAUGAAAACUUUUUCUAACCACCAAAAAUUACUUUUCCGUUCUGCAGUUCUACAAAAAGCAAUCGAAAUAUCUAGUAAUUCUAGUGAAAUCCGCCCGGGAACAUCACAUACAUUUUCAACUUCAGAAUCACAACAUUCCGAUGCUUCUACAUCUUAUAUAACUGAAGUACCACAACAGUUUGAGGAGGCACUAGAUGAUGAUUCAACAUAUUCUUUAGAGGAUUUUGUUACUAUGCAGAAUUUGUAAUAAAAAAUAUUAUGUUGUAUUAUGA